GCAGGUCACGGGAGUGUAAGCGACGUCAACAAAGAUGGCGGGACGCGGGCACGGCUUCGGCGCCCGCUGCCUGCUUCUGGGGAUCUACACGCUGUUCGUGCUGAAGGCGUACUGCACCACGCACUGGCUGGUCACGGAGGAUGACAAGAUCCAGGCGCAGAUGGACUCCAUCUUCCAGCUGCGGCGGCCAUACGACUUCCUGGCGCUGGCCCAGCAGGAGCAGCGUGCCAUGCAGGUGGAGUCCCUCAAGAGGGAGCUGGUGUCCCAGAAGUCACAAAUUGAUCGCAAUGAAGACAAGGACACUCAGUUAGAGGAGAGAAUUUAUCGCACAGACUCUGACUGUGUCCUGGCAGGCAGACCCCUGACAGAGUUUGACCUUUAUGCCAGCACAGUGGUCAACAUGGAGAGUGCAGGAAUCAGGCUGGAGGAGCACCUCGGGCCCCCUCCAGGCGAGUCUGAGACCUUCCUGGAGCCAGAGUGUGUCCUCACCUUUGACCUGCCCUUCUCCAUGAUGGCCUACGAACACCUGGAGGGUUUGCGUUCCCGAGACAACCUGACAGCUAGUGCGGAGGAAGAGCUGUCGGCUGCCGGGGGUGAGGGGAAUGUGUCCGUGUGGGGCCACCGGGUCGCCACAGGCCUGGCCAAAAACACCACGUCCUGGGUGUUGUACUCGCUGGCCACUCAGUACUGGCGGGUCAAGGCCGAGCCAUACCAGGCUGUGGAGUGUGUCCGCAGGGCGCUUCACUUUGCCCCAAGACAUUAUCGGUACAUCCCAAAAGUCCAUCUGGGGAACAUCCUGCACCGGGCACGGCGGUCCGACGAGGCAGUGCUGGUCCUCCACGCUGCCAUUGACCACCACCGCAACUCCCCCAUGGCCCACAUCACCCUGGGCAACGUGUACGCCACACUCGCCUUCUAUAACGUAUCUGUGUUAUGCUUUGAAAACGCUCUCUACAUGUCUCCUGGAGAUCAGAGUUUGCGGCGGAGGAAGCACGCAGUGUUGUGUCAUUCCAAACUGGAAGCAGCCCUGGAGAACCAGCACCAGUCACUUCAGAGAACGCUGGGAGAGUUGAGGGAUUACCAGAAGCGUCAUGAAGAAUGGUUGUCUCUGCAGCAGAAGUUACUCCUGGAGCAAGCCACUCCCGAGAUGAAGCUUGAGUCCCGGCUGGAGUACGAGGAGCAGAAGAUCAGGGAAAGCACAGAUGGCAGAGGCCAAGACUGUUUCCAGUACCAGCAGGAUGGCCACACCUUCCUCAGCUGCAACAUGAGAAGGGACCAGCUGGAGCAGCGAGGCUCACCCUCUGAGCUGCUGCUUGACCUGCAGAGUCUGCUGCACACAGUUGAGUCUGAGGCGUUAAGACUGGGCCAACAUGUGCUCAAGAGGAAGCCUUUGCUGAUGUCACAGGUGCCACAAAUAACACCCCUUCACCCAGCCAAGACAUACAGGAAUGGUGGAGGGACCGGCGUGCUGGACAUGGCCCUGGGCGAAGGCUUCCCGACAGCUGAGCAGUGUGAGAAGGCACCGCUCUUGCCCCAAUGGGACGACUUCCCCUCGGUCUUCCUGCCAGCAGAAAACAAAGGAUUCUCUGUGGAUCGCUUCCUGAGUGAUGACAUUGAUGUGGGGUUCAAUGAGGAGCACCCACUGCCCUGGCAUCCCCCCAUCUGUGAGCGGCUGACUGAUACAGUGGACGGUAUUGAUGACAUCCCCGGCAUCAAGGAGCGCCACACCCUCACCACGCGCAGCAAAGACCCCCAUGCGGUGCCCUACCUCCUCAAGUAUGGCUACCAAGGCGACGAGGCGGAGAUCGGCCAGCGCAUCAGCAGCUCCAUGAAGAAGGGUGUUGGCCCCCAGUGGCUGUUGUACAACCUGGCUGGCCUGUAUUGGCGGGUGCACGGCAACCUCUAUAACGGCAUCGAGUGCCUGCGGCGAGCCGUGGCCACAGCACCGGAGGAGUGGCAGGAUGUGCCUCUGGUUAACCUGGCAGCGCUUCUCUACACGGCCGGCCACAUUGAUGAUGCCCUGACCCUCACCCUGCAGGCCAUGAGUGUGGCAGACCAUGAGCCUGAGACCAACUUCCUGCUGGCCAACCUGUACUGUGGCAAGGGUAACCUAACAGGCGCCUGGCACCACUACGAGAGGGUGCUGGCAGCCUCGCCCACCCACUCCUCGGCGCUCCAGUACCUCACCGCCCUGGCCUGCCACACACGUCCGCCUCGCUCCACCCGGCCGCUGCCCACUUGUCAGAACCAGCACGGCGGCUCUGAAGAAGGCGUCUGCACAACGGAUGGGGGCUGUCAGGCUGCUCUUGAUGCAGCCCCUGAAGAAAAGAAUGGAAUAGAAGAAGUUAUAAAUCUAGAUCUUGAUAGUGAGACUGAAGAAGAGGUAGAGGAGGAGGAAGAAGAGAAUGAAAAAGAAACCGUAAAAGAGAAGGAAGAGGAAGGAGAGGAGGAGGAGGAGGAGGCAGAAGGCCCGGCAGUGCUUGAUGGCGCCGAAGAUUCCUCCAAAGAGAUAGGCGACCCUCAAGGACCAGAAGCCAAGGCCAGCUCCACCAACAAACAGAUCCACGUCCGCAUUGGAGUGAGCUCAGAGGAGUCUUCAGCAUCCUACAUAGCUGGUGGUGCUGAGGGUGUGGGAGGCAGCAGCAGCACCAACACCAUCACCAGCACCACCACCGCUACCAGCACCAGCACUAGCAGCAGCACCGGCUCUCUAAGUGGGUCAGACUCAGCUGUGGUAGAGGACGAUCCGCUGCCUGAUGUGCUGCUGCGGGUGCGGGAGAGAGUGGCUUCCCCCCCGCCGCCGCCCCAUGUGUGUGACCGGGCGAACAAGCUCAGUGACGUCAAGCAUUUCACAUCCACAUGGCUCUCUGUCUCAGCCAAGAGCAUAGAUAUUGCAGAGUACCUGGUCCCUACACCUCCUGUGGGUACUGCCCUGGAGGAGCCCAUCUGUAGAGGGGACCUGCCAGCCUCCAUGCACACCUUGGACCACCUGGCUGGCAUCAGACACCGCCACCUGUUGCCACACUUCCCAGAGAUGGGGCUGAGGGAGGCGCUGCAGACCCUUACUGACCGCACUCCUGUCUCCGUGGAUCUCAUGGCCACCAGGAUUGCUAGAUCACUUGUCAAGAAUGAGACAUCUUGGGUCGUGGCAACAGCAGCAGCACUGUACUGGCGUGUGGUGGGCAGCGGGGAGCGUGCCGUGGACUGCCUGCGCCACACUCUGCACUACGCCCCAAGACACAUGAAGGACAUACCCCUCAUAUCCCUGGCCAACAUUCUACACAGGGCAGGCCUCUACAAUAACGCUCUUGUUGUGGCAAACAUGGCAUUGGAAAUCUCUCCAAAGUUUGUGGUCAUCCAUUUCACCAUGGCUAACAUUUAUGCUGCAAAGGGUGACAUGGAGAAAGCCACUGCAUUUUACCAGUCCACGUUAGCGCUGCAGUCCUCCUUUGAGCCGGCCAGGGACAGACUCAGAGCCAUACAGUGUGCAACACUAGAUGAAAACUCUACUAGCAAGAACUGAAGUAACUAUGAUUUCUUUUAAAAAGAAAUUAUAUACAAUUUUACUUUAAGGAUAGAUACCAGAAAAGUGACCAGGCCUAUGCAAAGAAAAUGUUUUUUUGUGCUGUGGGUCUAUCAUAGAUGCACCAUCAUGGCCCUAAAUUUCAGGUGUGAAAGUCACGAACACAAAUUACACUUUUUGGGGUGUUCAUGAUAUCGUUUGUGAGUCCCAUCAUUCCCUGAAUUUUAAAACCUUUGAAUUAUGGCAGAACAGAUGGUACCUAAUGACUUCUGUGUAAUGGGGGUGGCAGUGACAGCUGCUGCAUUGUGGGAAUUUAGACUGAACUGUAGACUGAGUGAUGAGAACUUAUAAAAAGCUCUCAUAUGGACAGUAAAGUUAAUGAAGGGGAUGCAGACGGGGCCUUCAGGGUGGUCAAAACAAAAUUGCUCUUAUGAGUCUUGGUUAGGCAGAAUCAUUUACUUGGUCUUGUUUUCCAUCUCUCAAUUUUGCUUCUCUUUUCACGCAAGGUAUCCUGUCAUCUGAUAUGUACCAGAAACUAAAGUUCUUUUACUGGGAGAGCUUAUAUGGCUUGAGCAGCUGGCCAAGCCUUUGCCGUCACUUAACUGUCCAGAGCAUUGUUAAAGUCAUCCCAGAACAAAGCAGGUUAGAUCGUAGGGAAACUGAUUUCUCUGAAGCAGGUUAUCGGAUUCAAACCUUUCAUUCACAAUGAAACUUUUAUUUGAAGUCAACAUUUAAGGCAGAACAAAUAUCACUUGAUACAAUGUGGGUAGUGUUGUCCAUUCACUAAACCUCUUAAAUCCUGUAGCAUAUCUGUUUGGCAUGUGAAUAACUAAUCCAUUUUUGCCGAAGGUGGUUAUUUUUGGGAGAUUGGGAGAGAGAGAGAGAGGAGGUGAGACAUAUGAAGCAUCUAGGACCGCAAGACUGUAAGUGAUAUUUUUAACCCGUCCCCGGUGAUUGGCAUGGAUUUGGCUUUCACUGGUAGCCUGGUGACACAUACUCCCAGGUCUUUCUCUGCCUCUGGUGGAGAGUGGAGUGUUUCCCAUGUGGUACUGGUAUGCUGGAUAUCCUCUCCCAAGGUGCAGGACUGUAGAUUUUUCUUCAUUGAAUUGUAGCAGCCACUUUUUGUUCCAUUCCUGUUGCUUGGUGAGGCUUUCUUGAAGGAAAUCCGUAGUCAAGGGGUUAAAAAGAGAAACGAAGGUACAAAGUUUAUUUUUUUUUAUUUCUACCUGGACCUGAAUGGCUCAAGUAAAUCCACCAUGGGACAGAGAAAAGUAUGGGGAAGAGAAUGGCAUACUUUUCUGAGGUGGUGCUUAUGAGCUUCUGGUCCUAGAUGCCUCAUGUGUGUGGCUGGGGGGUUUGUGACUGUGUGGUUUGCAAACAUACUGUGUGGCAGCAUCCUGUGGCAGAGAGAGAGAGAGAGAGAGAGAGAGAGAGAGAGAGAGAAUAUAUGCAUUGUGGAUGGUUCAAGAGGUCUCUUAGCACAUUCUGAAAUCUGGCUAAUCAUAUCACUUUUCCUGUUAUUUGCAGAGCCUUGAGAACACGCUGACAAGUUGUACUGACCCACAGUGUUGGCGGCACCACUCACUCUGUGUCGAUACAACUUGUCAUCAUGCUCUUGAGGCUCUGCAAAACCAGCAGCAGUGAUAAGAUUAGCCAGAGCUCAGAAUGGGUUAUGAGGUAUCUUGAAACAUCCACCAACCAUGCAUUUACCGAGUCUCUCAGUCUCUUGAUCUCUCUCAUGGUGAGGUGUGCUGUCAACAGGGUGAGCCAUUAUAACUCUUGUCAUCGUUCCCUUGACACCUUGGAGUUGCAGCCUCGCUGCCCUCCUUGGCAGGUGGUGUCCUCUAGUGGCACCACGUUCUAUCAGUAAACUGCCUCCACCACAGAGCAGCCUCUCCGCACCAGGACAGUCUUCAUGGUUGGAUGGCACCGCUCUGAUGUGCAGGUGCCUGACAUGACGAGACGUGGCACAAAGAUAUUGGACUGCCAUACCCCAGGCAGCGAACUCCUCAAACACAGAGCUGCAGAGGUUGGUGGCAUCAUCAGGUGGCAGCUCCCUGGGACUCCAGCUGCUCAGUGACGCUGGCGGUGUCUUGGGGGCUGACGCCUCUGCAGAUGGUGUAGUGCUGUGGGCCGCAGUCUGUACGAGUAAGGCAGUGUUAAUUAUUGACACAGCAUAUGUCCAUAAUGACUGCCCCAAAAUUGAGACUCCCAAUUUUCCAUUUUGCCAUUUUUGGGGUGUUGAGUUGAUAGACUGACAUUCCAUUCACGGUAUCCUUGCACAAAAUCACGUAGCUGUUGCCACUGAACUGUGGGAUAUCCUUGCACAAAAUAAAUCGUGUACCCAUUGCCAUUUAAUUGGGAUAGUCUGUCCUGCAAAAUUAGUGUAUGCUUGACACCUGGAUGUCCACUGAUCCACUGGUGGCACCUGGCAACAUCCUGCUCAGUGAUGGUGGCAGAAGACAUGAGCCUUACAUCCAUGCUUGAGCCGUAUAUACUCUUCAACAACAGUGCACAGUGUCUCUAAGCGCCUGUGGAUCAGCAUCUCGCUAGAGACCGCCAGCGUCUCCCCAAGGAUUACUGCAUCAUCGGCAAAAACAAGGUUGAUGACCUUGAUGUUGACAAUAGAUGCUGCACAAUGACUCUGAUCCACAAGUCUGCCUAAUACUCAGUCUGUGCAAGUGUCAAAAAGUGAUUGGGGCGAGGACACAGCUCUGCAUCACUCCUACAUUCCGGAGGAAAGAAGCUGCAUCAAUAAUGGAUUGGCAAGCAUCUUGCUUGGCACUGCCUGGCACACUCAGCAUCAUAAUUCCAUGGUAGUUGUUGCAGGUCUGGCAGCUCCCUUUCCCUUUCCCAAGGGGAGGAGGUGGCUGAGUGGUUAGUGUGCCAGCACCGCGUCCAGGAAGAUGUGGGUUCGAGUCCUGCCUGCUGCCACAGUUGGGAUUUUUCAGUCACUGCUGAGUGGCCUAUGACUACCCACAUGCUGUUCUGAAGACCACCUAGUAACCCGGACUCUAGAUUCUCUCUCAAAGAGAGGCUCAAGGAUGAGCUCUGGGGGACAGCAUGAGCCAAGCAAGAUGGCGCCUCUAUAAACACUUGCCUGCGCCACAAAGGGCUGGGGAAGAUCAUCAAGCUCCACCAAGAUGGCUUAUUGCUGCCAUAGGCUGAAACAUAAUAAAAAGGGGGGAGGGAUGACCAACUCCCUCUUCCAGUUAGGAGGAACAGUGCCAUAUUGCCAAAUGGCAGUAAAGACUGCUUGCAACUCACAGAUGAUGGCCUAACCUCCAGCUCUGUGCAGCUCUGCACUCAUGUUACAAAAAACAGCUUCCUUUGUAUCCCUCAACUUUGCCACAUCCUCUCAGACCUCAUCAAGAGAGGGUGGACUUUUGUCAAUGGGUGAAUCGGCAUUCACCAUUUUCAACCUAGCAGCUGGUAGUUGCCUCGGAGGGUCUGCCAUGCAUAGCUGCUCAAAGUACUCAGCUCAGUGAGCCCUCUGCUCAUUCACAAGGCAACCAUCUGCUGUUUGGAUAGUGCUCACCUGGGAGGGAAGCUCAGAGCAGAGCUUUUUUAGGGCUCUAGAAGCAGGUCAGAGGUCAUUUUCAUUGAAAUGGCCCUCGACUUCCUGAGUGAGGCUCCUGACAUUAGCUCUCCUAGUCCUUGCCUCAGGAGAGCUCACGUCCUGCAUGACAAAGUCACUGUUCAUUGCAUCAUUACCUAAAGCAUUUCUAAGUCAUAGAGCAACAGAAUAAUUAUAUUUUUUUAUGUGUGAUUGCACAUGAUUGACCUCUCCAAAUCUAGUCCAAUGAAGUACUCAGAAUGGAAGUUUGUGUUGUGUGUGCAUUUGUUUGUAAGUACUCAAAUUCUUGUGUUUUUUUUAGGUUAAUUGGUAGAUUAAAUAUUUAAAUAUGAAGAUAAAUUGAAUGUGUGUUUGUUCCUGUAGCAAUUUUGAGGGAGAUUUAUCAGUGACCAGAAGGUAUGACCACAGUGAAAUCUUGAUGUCUUGACUCUACAAGUUGCUUUACUCUGUCCGGAGAAGCACACAUUUUAAAGAUAGUAAUUUAUUAUGUAAGACAUAACAAGUGAUAACAUCUAUUUGAUAGAUAUUUCAUUAGGCAUAGAAAAAUACAGCAUGUCUGCCUUUAAACAUGAAAAUCUAUUAUUUUGUAUAUAUAAAUAUUAAGAUUUGCAAAAGUAACUUGUGACUACAGCAAGGCCAUCACGUCAGGUCAGGAGCACAAACAUUUCUCUUAUUCCAGUAUUCUGCUCAUCAUUGUGUUUGUUAUUGUACUUAAGAUCAAGAUUUUCUGCCCCUGCCUGAGUGGUCUGGCCUCGGCCUUACCUGUCCAGUGUGUGGCCAGGGAAAGGGAGGGACUGGUUGCACAGGCAGCGUAUGAGCCAGUUAGGACUUCCACUGCUGCUCCUUCAAGUAGCUCCUGCGGGUGGAUGCCAGUUUGUUACAGGAUCUGUUGUAAGGAAUGAGAGUAAAAAAAAUUUGCAGAAAAAUGUAAUUUAACUUGCACCACUCUGUCUGUCUAUAAAGUUUAUGUUAAGAUGAGGCUGUUCAGACACCACUCAGGGCAGCCAUUAUGAAAUAUGACACACUUGAGAUUCAGUCAAGCUAUUUAUCUUCUCUCAUACCAGAUAAUAUGCAGAGUAGCAGGUGACAUUUUAGUCAGAAUUUUGAGGCAAGUUCUCUGAAUCAGGUUUACAAGAAUUGUUUAUUAAAUCAGUCCUUUAUGCUGAGAGGAGACUUAUUCAACAACUGUUGCAAGUGUUCGCCCUUCAUGGAUGAGUCAAUUCUUGCUGGUGUGGAAGUGGAGCUCCUGGACUUAAAAUAAAACUGGUGUUCUGUAUUCUAUGCCUGGAUCAAUAUCUUUUGGAGCCAACACUGUGUUUACUCUAAUAAAAAAUGUGAUUUAAAGCUUACCAACCAUCACAAAUUCUUUAUGGCUGCAAUUAUAAGAUUAUGACCAGAAAGUUACAAAUGCCAUCCAGAGUAUGUUGCAGAUGUUUCUUCAUAAAAUGUAACAUGUAUUGCAAUGGUGAAUAAUGAAAAAAUCCCAACUUAUGCUAGUAACUAAAGCCGAUUUUCAUUUCAUUAAUUAACUGUUUUGUCUGCUCCACAGAGCAGACUUAAAAGUAGCACUGCAUUAUUAUUAUUUUUUUAUUUUUUUUAUUAUUAGUAUUAUUAUUAUUUAUUUAUUUAUUUAUUUAUUUAUUUAUUUAUUUUUUUUUUUUUAAUGCUGGAACAUGAGUUCCUUCUCACAGUCAUGCAUGUAAGACAUGGUUCUCUGUUUCUGGUUGCUCAUUCAAAUCCAAAGAAUCUACCGUUUGCCCGGCGGUUACACAUGCUGCUCUAAUGCCCAGACUGGCUGAUGAGUGUCCCAAGGUGUUGGCCCCUGGUGUAGGUGUUGGAAAGCCAGGUAACUGUCAUCAGACAUGAUGUGAGUGUCAGUAAAAAGGAAUACAGGCAAGAUAUUGUUAAAGAGUCAAACUCUGUGAUAGUGUGUGCCAAAAAGUUGGGUAACUGAUGGUAGAUAUGAGUUAACUUUUUAUUUAGUUUUAGAGUGGCAUUGGGUUGUUGUGGUGUGCCUGAAGGAUGGGGACUGUGAAUGUUAAGUGAAUGGUGAGGCAUAUCUCAGGUACUCAUUUCCAUUACUCUUUACUUACAACUCACUCAUUCCAUGAUGGAGUCCCUUAGGUAUUAAAGGGGAUUCUAGAGCUUUGAUAGAUUCUUAUUUCAACCUUUACUUUUUUAUAAACCACACUACCUGCAUGUUGCGUUAAGGCCUGCCCACACUGUCGGUGGUGCCCAAGGAAUGUGUUUCUCUUGCCUCUCCAGCAGUGUUGCCAUCUUGAGCAGGUCCCGGCAGCUCCACACUAGAAGCAGUUCAUGUGUGUUGUUGUAUACUUGGACAAUGGCUCACCCGGGUCAAUAAACAAAUACAUAUUGUUAUUCACACAGCAAAAAUAUGAUUUGAUAGCAUAAAACAGUAAGAUAAUCACUAUUUAACUUUCUUACGAACCAUUCCAUAAGGUCAAAUUCAUUUUGAAUUUCCUGUUUACGAACAUUCAUUCAGUCCCAUACUAAGACUUCAAGGCCGCCUGCAUUACUGAUGUUAUUCCUAGGUGUUGCUGUGAACACCUGGUUGAUAUGGCAGACUCCUAAACACUACAUAAGUAACAGUAAAACCUGUCUGGUGAGGCAGCUUAUGUACUUUUUACUUUAAUUAGAUGUGGCAUAAUUUGACUGGAUGGUUGUCAAGAGAAAACUAAGAUCUUAUUGAAUUUAGUGAAGUUUGGCAUACAUAUAUUGUAUGACAAACUGAAUAUUUCUUUGGAAUCACAUUAUUGUUAGCAAAAAUGUAAUUAUGUAUUUUUCUCUUUUACUUCUUAUACUCUUGAGUAUAUAGAGAUUAUUUGCCUUGUUGUGUUCAGUCAGUGAUUGCUACUGCUGCUGCUGAUCAAAUGAUCCCUGUAAAGGUAGUUAUGAGCCCAAAGCAACACACCCUGGCGAGGCCAAGCCAUGAAGGGUUGGUCUGCCUCAAUACCUUGUGCUUCUGUCAAGCAUCAUGUUCCCUCUUGGGUGACCUGCCAGUCAGGAGUACAAGUGGCACAUUUGUUGACUGGAGAAGGAGUUUGAGAACAAGUUUAGAGUGUGGACUCAUCAGAUAUUUACCAUAACAAAGCUCUUUUUGGGGAAGCAAAUUUUCUUUAUUAUUGCAUCAUAUGCUGAAAGAAAUAUUUUAUAUUUGUUCACUUACUCAGUGAAGUAGUGAUAUGUAAUUUCAAUUUUUUUGACUUUGUUUUUGGAGUUAUAUUUCAGAUGUGGACUAAAUGUUUGAUUUUCUAUCUCAUUUUUAUUUGCCUUAUACCAAUGUUAUGAGAGAUCCUGGUGUAAGAUAGCAGUGCACCCUCAAUUCAAGUGACAUGUAAUUCCUAGUCUUUGUGAAUAAUGUUAUUUACACAUGUCUUGCAGAUGAAGUAGCCAAUACCGUGCAAGAACUGAAUGUCAACAGUACAGUAUCAUUAUGUGCCCAAAUACUCAUCUUUUCAUUGCACUUGUGUGUAUGCUGUGUAAAAAAAAAGAUGUAAGAACACUGCACUUAAACAAUAAAAGGUAAUUUUUUA